AUGAAAAAUAAAGCAAAAAGAUACAAAGAUACAUUUGAUGAAAUAGACAAGGAGAUGAUCGUUAUCUUCAAAAAGAAGUCAAAUGGAGAAAUAUGUGAAAAACUUCAACAAAUGUGGACCAAUGAAUGUACGAAUGAAGAAGAAAAGUCAUUGAAUAUCUGGGAAAAGAAAAAAGAAAGAUCAGCAUUGAAAAGUAUAUUGUCAAAAAAAUCAUUAAUCAUAAAAGAAGCAGAUAAAGGCGGUGCUGUAGUUUGUAUGGACAAUAACUACUAUAGAGAUCACAUUUUGAAAAUGUUGAGUGAUGAAAGUUACUAUUCAGAGACAGAUAUAAACGCAGAUUUAAGGACACGGAAAGAAUUAAAUGAUAUUGUAAAUAAACACGGUAAAGGAUUGGUAAAGGAGGAAUCUACAUAUUUGACUAAUUUUGAAAGUUCAACCAGCUUCUUUUACGGAUUACCUAAAAUUCACAAAAGUAGGAAAAUUGAAGAGGCAAUAAAAAAUAAUAAAUCUGAAUACAUUAAAGUUUCUGCAUCAGAUGAUUUAAAGUUUAGGCCUAUUGUAGGGGGACCUAACAGUGUUACACAGAGACUUAGCCACUUUUUAGACCUCAUAUUAAAACCAUUAUGCAGACAAGUUCCAAGUUUCAUUCGAGAUGACUUAGAUUUCCUGAAUUACUUGCCGGAAAAUGUAGAAGAAGAUUCCAUUUUAGUUACCUUUGAUGUCGUAAAUUUAUAUACAAACAUUCCACAUGAUCUGGGCUUACAGGCAAUUCAACACUGGAUAGAAAAUUUUCCCGAUAAAAUAAAUACUAGAUUCCAACACCAAUUUAUAUUGAAAUCACUGCAACUUAUCCUAAAGAAUAACGUAUCUUAUUUUGACGGCAAAUAUUAUAUCCAGAAUAAAGGAUCAGCUAUGGGUACUAAAGUCGCCCCAACUUAUGCUACUUUGGUACUUGGAUAUCUAGAGAAAACAUUCUACGAAAGAAUAUCAACAAUACACGGAAACGACUUUUCAAACUACAUUAAAAUGAACUGGAAGAGAUUUUUGGAUGAUUGUUUUUUGAUAGUCGGGAAAAAUAUCAACACAGAUGAUUUAUUAAGAGAAAUAAACAAUUUACACCCCUGUAUUCAAUUUACGAUGAAUAAAAGUGAAACGAGCAUGCCAUUUUUAGAUGUAUUAGUUAUGAAAUCUGGAACACAUAUUACAACAGAUAUCUACAGUAAACCGACGGACACAUACAACUACCUCAACUUUAAAUCGUGUCAUCCGAAACAUACAAAGUUAAACAUUCCUUUCAACCUUGCGUCAAGAAUCAUAACUAUAGUAAGAGGAGAAACACUGCAAGAAAAGCGCCUCUUAGAACUAACUACAAGACUUAAAAAUCAGAAUUACCCAGAUGAAAUUAUUACAGACGGAAUAUCUAAAGCCAAAUUGAAAGGUCCCAUCAAAACUGAAGAAAACAUAACAGCUAACAACAAGUACAACGUUAUCCCAUGUGUAACAACAUUUAAUCCCAAAAAUACCAAUAUUUCCCAAGCAAUUCGAUCUUGUGAGAAUGUGUUACGAAAAAGUGAAAGGAUGAAUAGUGUUUUAGAAAAGAAGCGCAUUAUAAACA